GGUUCUGUCAUACUAAUGUCAGGAGUCUCAGGAUUAUGAUGCGUGUUCGUGCAAUACUUUUUAAUCAGAUAGUUUGAAUUAAAUCUGUAAACUUUACCAUCUACCAUGGUUUUAAACCACAACAAAGACCUUAGCUGGAUGAAAAUAGCUGGCGCAAAUAUUUCAACAUCAUGUUCAAAUGUCGGACGAGAAUUUAAAAGGUUUCUUGUCAGCGCAAAACCUUCAAGACUUGCGUUUAUUUUCAUCUUAAUAUUACUACUGUUUCACUUCAUUACAAGCCACCUUAAUUCACAACUUGGUCAACUUUAUUCGAAGACGGAUUCAUCACCUGACACUUCGUACAGGCUGCGAGAUUUAAAACACAUUGAUGAAUUAAAAAGAAUCAAACGUUCAAUUUCAAAUGAGUUAAGAAAUUUGGAAAGUAAAAGAAAUCGAAUGCAGGAUGAAAUUUUAUUGCAACAAGAAAGACACAUGUCGUUUGAACAAACUGUUAAAAAAGCUGAAGCUGAAGUGGAAUUGUUAAAAAGAAGAAUUAUACAGUUAAAAACUGAGCAAAAAGAAGUUGAGAAGCCAAAGAUGGCUGCACCAGCUCGUCUGCUGGCAUCGGAAGAAUCUAAUAUUGUUCUUACACCUCCUACGAUGCAUUAUAAAUGCCAAAUGCACAACUGUUUCGAUUAUUCAAGGUGCUCACUCACUUCCCAAUUCCCAGUUUACGUUUAUUCAGAAAAUACAGGAAAUUCUCCAUUCGACGUAACUUCGUUUGUCAAAGAAUCAACAAGAGAUGCAUUCUCUGCGAGUCACUAUCUCACAAAUGACCCAAACACUGCUUGCUUGUAUAUCGCUGUGCUUGGUGAGGUAGAAACAAUUGCUGGUGCAAACGCUAAACCGGGGAUUUCAACUGAUUCAAUCUCCAACUGGUUCAGAUCCCUGGCAUACUGGCGUGGUGAUGGUAGAAACCAUCUCCUCGUGUAUUUCUCGCACCAUUCAACCAUCCAAAACCCACUUCUUGGUGCAAAUACUGGUCGGGCAAUUGUGGCACAAACUAACUUUGAAAGAAACCAGUUCCGAACAAGCUUUGACAUUGUGGUUCCUUUCCUUCCAUCUGUUCGAACAACCAUUCCUCCUCUACCACGUGAUGCAGAGUCUGAUUUUGAGAACAAAGAUUUUACAAAUUAUGAUCAAAAGUUAGAAGAUGUUUUACCACACAUGAUUCCAGCUAUGAGAGAAUAUACUUUAUCCUUCCAAGGUCAGUGGGCAACAGAUUACAACCAAGAAGCUGAUGACGGCUUACCUCCAAGAACUGACAGUGAAUUCCACCCACUGUUGAUGGAGAAUAUCAAUUUAAUGACAGAAUCAAAAAUUCAUGGAACUUUUUUCCUUCAAACUCAAUGUUCAGAAGAAAGAUUUGUCACUCCUGGUUAUAGUUCGGAAUGGUCUCUCUGUGGCACGGCAAGUGAUCGUCUUUCUGUUCUCUCUCGAUCCACGUUUGUCCUCCUCCUCCCUGCAGAAGAUCACUCUGUUCUUCUUUCAACAUCCAUCUUUAUGACGAGGCUCUCAGAAGCUCUUCAGUCUGGAGCAAUCCCCGUCAUCCUCGGGACUCAUGUUCUCAUGCCACUCCAUGAGUUUAUAUCUUGGGAGAAAGCUGCAAUAAUCUUACCACAGGCACGAGUCACAGAGCUUCCGUUCCUUCUCUCCAACAUCCCACAUCCGGAAGUGAUCUCCCUCCGAAGGCAAGGACGAUUUUUGUACGAAACUUACCUCUCAAGUCAAGCGCAAGUUGUUGAAUCACUGCUGGCUGUUGUUAGGACUCGACUGCAGAUUCCACCAAUACCUGUUGCAGAUGUUAUGAGUGAUGUGGUGCCUCACUCAAGUUACCCGGUUGAAAACCAUGAAGUAUCGCCUGGUGACGCUGAAACUGAGUUCGGUAUGCCUCCUGUUGAGGAAGCAACCAGUUCACCAAGAUUUACACGAAACUACACGUCUGUUACGCUUGAUUCGCAUGAGAUGUGGAACAAAAUACCUGGACCCUUCCACCUCUAUCCAUUUACUCCCAAUGAUCGACUUUUACCAACCGACGCACAGUUUAUAGGUUCCAGCAAUGGAUUUCGUCCCAUUGGGGGUGGGGAAGGUGGUACAGGUAAGGUAUAUCAGGAAUCAUUAGGUGGCAACUCACAAUGGGAACAAUUCACUAUUGUAAUGUUGACUUACAAACGAGAAGAGGUUCUACUACAAGCAGUGGAAAGGUUGAUAGGGUUGCCGCAUUUAAACAAAAUUGUGGUAGUUUGGAAUUCCCCUGAACCCCCGGGGCCAGAACUUCAUUGGCCCGACAUUGGGGCAUCGGUCGUGGUCGUUCAUCCAGAGAAAAACUCGCUUAACAAUCGAUUUGUUCCAUGGUCGGAGGUAGAAACAGAGGCGGUCCUCUCCAUUGAUGACGACGCUCAUCUUCGGCAUGACGAAAUAUUAUUUGGAUUCAGAGUUUGGAGAGAGUCUCGUGAUCGAGUAGUUGGUUUUCCGGGUCGUUUCCACGCAUGGGAUCCAAGGAGUGGAGGCUGGGCUUACAACUCCAACCACACAUGUGAACUAUCCAUGGUUCUCACGGGAGCUGCUUUCUUCCAUAAAUAUUACAUGUACUUGUACACAAACUGGAUGCCGGCUGCAGUUCGUGCAAUCGUGGAUGAAUAUAUGAACUGUGAGGAUAUCGCCAUGAACUUCCUUGUUUCUCACAUCACGAGAAAACCUCCAGUAAAGGUGACAUCACGGUGGACUUUUCGAUGUCCAGGUUGCCCAGUAGCGCUCUCACAGUCACAAGAACACUUUGAAGAAAGGCAUCGUUGUAUCAACCAGUUUGUUAAAAUCUUUGGCUACAUGCCGCUGGUGUACACGCAGUUUCGAGUUGAUUCUAUUCUCUUUAAAACUAGACUGCCACACGAUAAGCAGAAGUGCUUUAAGUUCAUAUAACCAAAAUAGUUCUGCCAUUCUUUUUGUAUUUAUAUAAUGAGAAGUUAAAUGCUGCCUUUGUGACUGGGGCAGUGCAAUUGUCAAAAACCAACAUCUAUAGUAUAUACUAUUAUCACCUGACGAAGCUUUGCCAUCUUUCCCCCACUAUAUACAUGCCACUGUGUCAUAUACACCUCGCAAAUCUUUCUUCGCGUAUAACUAACAUAUUGUUUGCACUCAUCUUAUUUUUCCCAAAUCGAAAAACUGAACACACACAGAAUUAGUGAAACAUUUUAUUUUCCUAUUUUCUUCUGUAAAAUUUCCUUUUAGUUUCAAAUGUCCCAAUCAUCAAAUCAUUGUUUUUUUUAUAUCUCGUAUAACUUAAUCAAUGUAGCAGUAACGUCACGCGCUAUGUUACGUUUCGUGAGCGCCACAGGUUCUACGUUUUAAAGAGAAGUGCUUUUCCUUUUACCCAGUGCUAUAGGCUACAUACAGUAUUUUUACCAAUACUCAAAAAAUAAUGCAACUUUGUAGCAAACUGGUUGUUCCCAUUAGUAUCGCGUUCUUCCUUGUAUGUAAGUAUUAGUAUUAGCACGAAAAUGUAUUUGUGCAUUCUCUGUAUACGAUAUAUAUUGCUUUCUUGCAUUAAAAUGUUUCUACAUUUUA